AGACCCAAAUGGCUUACCGUCGAAGCCUUGAAGCCCGUCCUGUGUCCACCGCCCCCAAAAACCCCAAUUCCCCAUGGCCGCCGGCAGCUCGCCGGCGCUCACCGGCCAGCUCGGCAGCGCCCGGAGCAAGGAGAAGCGCCCCCCGUCCGCCUCCGCAGCCCCAGCGACGUCCCCUGCCCAGAAGCCGCCGCCACUGCCGCCUCCACUGCCCCCCGGCGCCGAGGUCGAGGUCCGCGUCGACGACGCCGGCUUCCACGACUCCUGGUUCGAGGCCACCGUGGUCCGCCUCUAUCCCGAGCGUGGCCACCCCUCCGCCUCCCGCUACAUCGUCGCCUACUCCCACCGACGGCGGCGCCGCCCCCGCCGAGUCCGUCGCCGCCUCGCACGUCCGCCCGCGGCCCCCGUCGCCGUCCCCAUCCCCUCGCCGCUUCCGCCAGCACGACGUCGUCGAGGCGUUCCACCGCAGGGGCUGGUGGUCCGGCGUCGUCUUUCCCUCCCCCGCCGCCGCCAAGUCCGUCGCCGUCGCGUUCCCCAUCACCCGGGAGGUGAUAACCGUCCCGCCACACUACGUCCGCCCCCGCCGCGACUACGUCGCCGGCGAAUGGGUGCCCUCGCAGACCGCCGUCGCCGUCCAGCCGGCCCGCUCAGUCAGGGUCUACGAGGCCGGGGAGAAGGUCGAGGCCGUGAGGGACCGGGAGCCGUAUGGCAGCUCCUGGUUCCCGGCCACGGUGGCGAAGGCGGUCGAUCAGCUUAGCUACAUUGUGGAGUACUCCGAUGAGGAGGAGGAAGGGGAUAAAGUGAUGGAGUAUCUGCAUUGGCAGUGCAUCCGACCGGCCGCGGACCGGCAUAGGGCCCGGGAGGACGGUUUCCAGAUUGCGCCCGGUUCUGCGGUGGAGGCGUACUGUGACGGGGCAUGGUCUCCAAGGGUGGUGCGUGGAAUGUCCGGGGAGGGUGAGUAUGAGGUAAUUGUCAAUGGCAAGGAGGCUGAGCAGGUGGUGAUCAAGGUGCUGGAGUUGCUCCGGCCGCGGCAUGAGUGGGAUGGCAGUCACUGAAGCGUUGUGAGUACUGAGAGCCAGGCUAACUUGAGGUGGCACUCGUCAUCUGGGAAACGUCCAAGCUCACCAGUUGAGGUGACUUCUAGUGAUGACGAACAUAGUCAUAAUCCUAAAAAUUCUGCUAUAAAAAAGGCAAAGAAAGAACCACAG